GGUAUUCCCCGUUGACAAGCAACUGUGGGAUUAGCUAAACAGUGCAGAGAUGUGUGAAUCGCCUUGGUCACCUCUGAAAACACCCUCCAUUAACCCUCCCCACCUCUGAGACUGCGCUGUAGUCCCGUAGGAGCGCUGACAUCCAUCACCUCCGUCUGACGGAAGCAUGUUACCGUCCGCGGCUUCGAGUCGAGCUCUGGAGACGAGCUAGCCAGCUAAGCUAACUCGCUGGCCGUUAGCAGGCUCGGGCUUGACGACAUAAUAGGCUGGUGUGCUUCUGGGAACACGGUGUGCUCGUCGUGUCAGACCGACUCUGCGCUAAGUCCAGGACAGUAUCGGCGAUCUUCAGGUCGUGUCUUUGGGCUGCGCAACCUUUCACGGCUGCCCUUAUUGUGUAAUCGUCUGCCCCCCCGAUCCCAGGAUGGAGCCGCACAAGUUAGUCAGUUAGUCACCGGCGUCUUCGCAGCUUUAGCAGAGCACUGCUCUCAUUGCGCCGGCUAAAAAUACACUGCGCCUCCAAAAGUGCUGGCCUAGUCCACACUGGACCCGUCCCCGGCUUUUUCUAUUCACCUUGCUCGGAGUCUGGCACUCUACAUGGUCACCACACUGAGUUUAGGACUACUGGAAGCCGGAGCCCGAGGUUGUGAGCCCUGCUGGCCUGAGCUAACGUUACAUCGGACCGGCUGGUGGACAUCAGGUCCCCAAGUGAACAAAGCUCUGCGCUUGUUGAUCGGCGACCGAAUAUCCUUUCGCCCCUAUGGCCUUGUUCUGUCACAAGUAGUACUAUAAACGAGCCUUGGUCCGGCCCAGGGUUGCGAGACCGAAACUGUGUGAAGGUCAGAGAAAACCCCGCGUUGUGUCUGUCGGCUGUCUGAGUUUGGCGAGGCAGACUCCAUCUGCACCAUGUCGGAGGAUAACAACGCAGACAAGUUCAUCAAGGAGACAUCUAUUCUGGACGAGUACAACAUUAACUGGACACAGAAGUUGGGCGCCGGGAUCAGUGGACCUGUCAGAGUUUGUGUGAAGAAGUCAUCUCAGGAGCGCCUGGCCCUGAAGAUCCUCAUUGAUCGCCCCAAGGCCAGGAAUGAGGUGCGUCUCCAUAUGAUGUGUGCCAACCACCCAAAUAUAGUGCAAAUCCUGGAGGUCUAUGCCAACAGUGUCCAGUUCCCGCACGAGUCCAGCCCGAGAGCGCGGCUCCUGAUUGUCAUGGAAAUGAUGGAGGGUGGCGAGCUGUUCCACAGAAUCAGUCAGCACAGGCACUUUACUGAAAAGAUGGCCAGUCAGGUCACGAAACAGAUCAGUCAAGCCUUGGAACAUUGUCACUCUCUAAAUAUUGCACAUCGUGACCUGAAGCCAGAGAACCUGCUCUUUAAGGAUAACUCUCUGGAUGCACCUGUAAAGUUGUGUGACUUUGGCUUUGCCAAAAUUGAUCAAGGAGACUUGAUGACCCCUCAGUUCACUCCCUACUACGUAGCACCUCAGGUACUUGAGGCUCAAAGAAGACACCAAAAAGAAAAGUCUGGAAUUAUACCUACUUCACCUACUCCUUAUACCUACAACAAGAGCUGUGACUUGUGGUCUCUCGGUGUGAUCAUCUACGUGAUGCUGUGCGGCUAUCCUCCGUUCUACUCCAAGCACCACAGUCGCACCAUCCCAAAGGACAUGAGGAAGAAGAUUAUGACGGGCAGCUUUGACUUCCCCGAAGACGAGUGGAGCCAGAUCUCUGAGAUGGCCAAGGACAUCGUACGCAAGCUGCUGAAGGUGAAGCCAGAGGAGAGGCUGACCAUCGAGGGAGUCCUGGCUCACCCUUGGCUCAACUGCACCGAGGCCCUCGACAACGUGCUGCCAUCCGCCCAGAUGAUGAUGGACAAGGCGGUAGUCGCUGGUAUCCAGCAGGCCCAUGCAGAGCAGCUGGCCAACAUGAGAAUUCAGGAUCUGAACGUCAGCCUGAAGCCUUUAAACUCUGUCAACAACCCAAUCCUCAGGAAGCGGAAACUACUCGGCCCCAAGCCCAGUGACGGUUUCUUCAUUCAUGACCCAGAGAACGGAGGGGAAGACUCCAACGUCGCGCUGGAAAAAUUACGAGACGUCAUUGCACAGUGUAUACUACCGCAAGCCGGAGAAAACGAGGAUGAGAAGCUGAACGAGGUGAUGUAUGAAGCCUGGAGGUUCAACAGGGACUGUAAGCAGCUGAGAGACGGCCUGCAGGGGCUCAGCUGGGACGGACGAUCCUUCUCUGAUAAAGUCGACCGCUUGAAGUUGGCUGAAAUAGUGAAACAGGCCAUCGAAGAGAAGACGAAUCUGCAAGAAUCUCAUUAGCGACCGCUGUCUUUCUAUCUUCUUUUUAUAUUGUUCAAUAUGACCCUUUUUAACCCAUAUCUGUAAAGAGGCUUUUUUAUGUAAAAUAAUGCGCUAAUUUUUCUUUUUCUUUUUUUGUGAAUUCACUAUUGUACAGCUGUAGAUAUAUUUCAAAGAGGACUCGUUGGUACUAUAAUUUUUUUUUUUUUUUUAUGGAAACUUGCAAAGAACAUUGAAAGAAAACAAAUAUAUUUUCAUUUUUGCAAAAAAAGAGAGAAAAAUCAGUUAAAGAAAUUAUUUUCUGGGAGUGAAUUUUUAUUUGCUGAUUGUCCAAGGCGUCACAUGUUUUAUCCCAGUCAUUUAAUUUUAUUGUUUUCUUUCCUUUUAACCACCCUGAGACUAAUUUAAUUUAUUUAAAUAGUUCCAUUAUUUUAUACCUCAUUUGUAGCCUGUCAGUGGGCUCUAAAGUCGAGACACGCUGUCUACGGUUGUCCUUCUACUCUCUGAUUCUCAACCUGCGUUUUAAACUAUAUGAAUCUUUGGUUUUGUGUAACUUUCCCCAUGAACAUUUUUUGUUGCGGAGAGGUUAAUGUGAAAGAAAGCCCCAGAUUAUUUUUUUGUAAGCUAGUUAGAGAUCGGAGCAGACUGAACAGGCAUGAACACUAUGGUGCAUAUAGAUCAUUGUGUUUUGACAAAUAUAUCUUAACCUAAGGUCCACUUACUAGCUUUUGUUUUUUUGGGAGCUUUUAACUGCCUCACGAUGGUCUUCAGAUGAUUUAAAGCAUUUUUAAAGAUAUGGUGUUAAGUUCCAACAGUUUCAGAGGUCAAGAGUGAACUUUCACGCUCGACGAGAUCCAUCUGUAGGUUUCACAAAGAAAACCAGCUCAGCUCGUACACAUGAAGAGAUGACCACGCUCCUGAAGUUUGUGUCUGUCAAGUACAAUGAAGUGCAUACUUUUAUAUAAAGGCUUUUUAUAUGUCUUCCCAUUUCUGAUGUGAUUCCGAAAAAGUCUUAAACUCAGUCUUCGGCUGAAGUUGUUGAGCUGUGAAACGGGCACGACCUGAGCGGCUUUGACUUAAAGUUGUAUUUGCUGGAAUUCAGGCCACAGUCCGUUAACAUUUCAGUCAUUUUAAAAGGACGCCUGCAAGAAACACAAGAACUACCAGAGGGUUUCAGCGUCCGUUAACAGGGUUCCUUCUCAUAAAACUGCUGAAUGUGCAAUAAUUGAAUCAUGUGUUCAUAGCGUAUGCGUGUUCAAGAUGGUGAAAUAUCAGUAUUAGUGUCUUCAUUUCAGGGGGUCUGAAUACCAGCAGAUCCUCCCUCCCUUCACCCAUCCUCAUUCUUUAGUUUAGAAUAAUGUCAUUGGUCAGCCAAUAGUGACAUAUCCAGUCAUAUCUGAGUUGUAUUUCUUUAAAGAGGGGUUAAAAGAAGGGACUCUUGUUCAGUGCCUGAUUUAGUUAUUCAAUCAUGUUUUCAUAACUCAUGAAAAGACCUUUUGAUGAGGUCCUAUCUUCAUAAGGAACUUAUGAAUGAAUGACGUUUUGUACCGUAAUGAAAAAAUGUGUCUCUUCUGAGUCUUUAGCAAACAUGGGAGCAAUAUGGUGUUGCUGUCCAGUUAAAAACAAACUCUUGAGGGAUUGAACAAAUUAUCCUAGUUAAGUUAAAUAAACCAUUAAUAAAACCUAUUGGAUUCUCUGUAAAA